AUGAGGCCCAACGCCCUCAGCAUCUACUGCGUCCUGCUGGGCGCCGCCGCGGCCGCCCCGGCCCCGGCAGUCAAAGGCCGUCAAGGACCGCCACCGCCCGCCAUCAGAGGGCGACAGCUACCUCCUCCGCCGCCUGGACCACCUGCCCCAGCGCCACCGCCGCCGCCCGGGGUCCCGUCCCCGGCUCCGCCGCCGCCGCCUGGAAUCCCGGCUCCCGCUCCGCCGCCGCCUGGAGUUCCAGCUCCCGCUCCUCCCCCACCACCCGAGGUUCCAUUCCCCGCUCCUCCUCCCCCGCCGGCCGGAGCUCCACUCCCCGCUCCUCCCCCACCUGGGGUCCCAGCUCCCGCGCCGCCAGGAUUCCCCGCGCCGCCGCCGCCACCGGAAGUACCCGCCCCAGCGCCGCCAGUAUUCCCCGCGCCUCCCCCGGCGCCCCCGGCGCCGAUCCCUCCCCUGGGAGAUGCCGCCCCCGAGGACGGCGACAAUGUGAGCACCAGGAGGUCGCGGCUCCGCCGGAGGCUUCGCAAGCUUCUUCCAACGGGACGGCGGCGGCGACGAGGAGGAUGGGGACCCCGGGGCGUCCUACGCGGACGGCGGUUAUGGCGCCGCUGCUGA